AUGAUGGACCAGAACCGGGGCGGCGUCGUGGUCAACUUCAUGGGCAUAAGGGGCUUUGUGCCCUUUUCCCAGUUGGCUCCGGUGCCCAGCGAAUCCCGUGAGCAGGCCAUUUCCGAGCGCAUGGGGCAGGAAUACCCCUUCCACAUACUUGAAGUGGACCAGGGCAGGGAACGGCUGGUCCUCUCCGAACGCGCCAUCUGGCAGAAGCUGCAGGACGAAGUACGGGACCAGUUCAUAGCCGAACUGGAAGAGGGCAGCCGCGUCACCGGCAAGGUUACCUCCAUCCGCGGCUUUGGCGCCUUCGUGAACCUUGGCAAGGCCGAGGGGUUGGUGCAUAUCUCCGAGCUGUCCUGGGCUCGCGUAAAAGGGCCGGAAGAAGUCGUAAGCGUGGGACAGGAGUUGGAAGUCCAGGUCUUGAAAGUGGACCCGGAAAGCAAGCGCAUCAGCCUGAGUUUGAAGCGCACCUUGCCCGAACCCUGGGAGAGUGUGCCCGAACGCUACAACGUGGGCGAGAUUGUAGACGGCACGGUAACUCGCCUGGCUGACUUCGGCGCCUUUGUCCGGCUGGAAGACUGGGUCGAGGGUCUGGUUCAUAUCUCCGAACUCUCCCCCCGACAGGUCAAGAACCCCAGCGAGUGCGUGUACGUCAACCAGCAGGUACGGGUGAUGAUUCUGGACAUCGACCCGGAAAAGCGGCGCAUCAGCCUAAGCUAUAAGAAGGCAUUUGGGAUGUAG